GUUAAUCUUCAUUCCAUCUAUCUUCCCCCCGGCUCAUCAAAGUGAGGCUACUGGCUGUCAUGCGCUGGGAUGCACAACCACCAGCGACAAUGACCUCAUAGCUCGGCUCCCACCACAAUAUCGCGAGCCAUACCACGAAACCCUGCUAAAUAUCUAUACUCCCUGUCAAAUGGUCAUCAGGCCAUUGUCGACGGGUCUUUAAGCAAGUUGCACAUUGGUGCGGUUUCUGUUGUUGAGUGACGAACCCCCCAAGCAAGCCCAAGUGAAAUGCUGUCCUGGGAUUGUCUCAUCGGCUCAAGGUCCAGUCUUCAGUCCUCGGGCGCGUGGUGUCUUGCCUGGUCGAGUCGCUCCGCGCUGUCUGACAACAGUGCGUGUCCGUGUCACUGCAGGCGCAUGCAGCCUCCCACGGGAAGACGAUCGAGCAACUGGAGUACCGGUGACAGACUAUCCCGUGUGGCAGGUUGCAACGCUGUAGCCGACCGCUUUUGUGUCGGCGCCUCCUGGAGUCCCGAUCAGGGACAGAUUAGCGGCGCCCCGGACCCAGUCGCUCGAGAUACGUGGGCCCAAGUUUCUUUCAACGUCGGAUCACAGAGCCUCAAUGGAGCAACUGUUCCUAUUUAUGCCAUGUCGUCAUUCCAGUCCUCGCCGUGUAAGUCACGGGCAGCCGAUGGUGUCAAGCAACGUCUGGACGUUCGGAAGAUCUCUUCUCGACUACGGUUAAUACGCUAGACUAUUAGCAUCUAGCAACGAUGGUCCCCUCGACGUUUCCUCGCCUCGGACUGGGCUGCACCGAUAGAGUUCGCAUCGACAGAUGGCGUCCGAGCCCCUCACCCCCCCCAUUCCGGUGCACCCGUCAACUAUCAUCCGUGCGUCGUACGUCUCCCCUC